AUGUCUAUAUUUGAUCCUGACUCAAGGAAUCGUGUACCUUCUUCGCCUUUCACUUUUCAAAGAGACCGCAACCUGACAGAUGUUGAUGAAAUAGCUUUUCCUCAGACGACAAAAUUUUACAAAAAAGACGAAGGAUCUUUUGAUUCUGAGUCAUACCUAACAAUAUCUUCUACAGGUGACGCGGCAGUGGAACAGAAUGGGGCAAAUAACAAUUAUCAAAAGAUUUAUCUAAAUCCUGAUUUUAUGUGCGAUGGUGACAUAAAUUGGUCUGAAUCAAAUCAAACGAUGGGUGCAAAAUUCAACCCAAGUUCUGUAAACGACGAGAUAGGCGAUAAAAUUUAUUCUGAGUUGGAUACAUUUCAAGAUAUUUUUGCUGUAUGGGAAUUAUGUCGAAUCAUUUAUAUUCCAUCAAAACAAGAGUACAAUCAAUUUGGGCAAUUUUCAAGCGACCUUUUAAAAUGGAUAAAUACCUGUUUUCCUUUAUCUGACUUAACAGAAGAUGAAGAGGAACAAUUAGAACAAAAUCAAGAACGCUACCGAGAUGAUCUUUUUUGGACUCAAGGAAGAAUCAAUAAGAUUUUAAUGAUAUUACGUGGGCAUACAAGAACCAUCAUUGAUGAGAGUUCAUCAUGGCAAGAAGCUCUUGGGGGCCUUGUAUAUCACACUGGAGCAAUUUUGAUGGAAUUAUUAAAGGCGCAGGUUGCGCCCAUAAGUUUUUGGCCUGUUUUAUUGCUUAACGCACUACCAUUAUUACAAGAAGAAAUUUUAAGAAAUUUGCAAGAUAUUACGUCAUUCGUAUACCAAGACGAAUGUUUAGCGUGUAUUGAACGAUUAAAGAAAUGGCAUACUCAAGAGAAUGGAUAUUCAGAAUUAGACAAAAAUUUAACAGCCUUAAGGCUAGCACUUUUACAAAAUUCAGCAGAUUGUUACAUUGAGAAUUCAUCUUCUCCUUGGAUGUUUGAGUAA